GGAUGGUGCCGCGCCGUUGAUGGGCCGGCGCGGAACAGCGGAGAGAAGAUCAUCAUGGCGGCGCCGAGGAGGAUGGGGUUCCCACAGUGCUACCAGUCGGCGUGGAGGCCCCAGGGUCAUCUGUCUGGUCCACCGGCCGCGCCUACGUCGUCCGGCUGUCCUUCGUCAAUGAUGCCCGUGUUAUCAUCUCACCCAGUGCGUGCCAAGACUUUGAUCAGCGCUAACUUGGAAAAGUCGUCUGUGGUACUUCGGAGCAGAAUGCCGAACAUAAAGAUCUUCAGCGGCACGUCUCACCCGGACCUGGCACAAAGAAUUGUCGACCGCCUCGGCAUCGAUUUGGGCAAGGUGGUCACAAAAAAAUUCAGCAAUUUAGAAACAUGCGUGGAGAUCGGGGAGUCAGUACGUGGAGAGGAUGUCUACAUAGUGCAGAGUGGCAGUGGCGAGGUCAACGACAACUUGAUGGAGCUGCUCAUCAUGAUAAAUGCGUGCAAGAUCGCGUCUGCGUCUCGUGUCACUGCCGUCAUUCCCUGCUUCCCCUACGCGCGUCAGGACAAGAAAGACAAGGCCACCGGCGACGGGGAAGCAGGACCUGCCUACCCGCUCAAAUUGAAAGUCAACGAGUGGAAGUUCAGGAGCCGCGCGCCCAUCUCGGCCAAGCUGGUGGCCAACAUGCUGUCGGUUGCUGGGGCUGACCACAUCAUCACCAUGGACCUCCACGCGUCCCAGAUACAGGGCUUCUUCGACAUCCCUGUCGACAACCUGUAUGCGGAGCCCGCGGUCCUCAAGUGGAUCAAGGAGAACAUCGUUGAGUGGCGCAACAGCAUCAUUGUCUCCCCAGACGCCGGCGGGGCCAAGAGGGUCACCUCAAUUGCGGAUCGCCUCAACGUGGAGUUUGCGCUGAUCCAUAAGGAGCGCAAGAAGGCCAACGAGGUGGCCUCCAUGGUGCUGGUGGGCGACGUCAAAGACCGUGUGGCCAUCCUGGUUGACGACAUGGCCGACACCUGCGGGACCAUCUGCCACGCGGCCGAGAAGCUGUUGGAGGCCGGAGCCACGAAGGUGUACGCCAUCCUCACACACGGCAUCUUCUCGGGCCCGGCCGUGUCGCGCAUCAACAAUGCCUGCUUCGAAGCUGUGGUCGUCACCAACACCAUACCUCAGGAGCAGCACAUGAAGGACUGCCCCAAGAUACAGUGCAUCGACGUGUCCAUGAUGUUUGCGGAGGCCGUGCGCAGGACACACAAUGGCGAGUCCGUGUCGUACCUGUUCUCCAACGUGCCGUACUGAGCUCUCUGCGCUCCUCAUACCAUUCUAGAGUCCCCCCACUGAUACUGAGCCAGCAUCGGGAAUGAAAUUAUCAGACACGUGUUGGAAAUGGUCUGCAUUGUACUUUUAUUUUUUUUUUUUGGAAAUGGAUUGUUUUUUUUUAUGUUCAAAAUAUUACAAAAGGUCGAAUACUGUGAUUCUCUUGUGAAGGACUUUUUUUUAGUGAGAAAUGUUUUGGUUUUAACCAUAACACAUUUCAGUGGACCUUACAUGUGCAUUGGCUUGUGCUAGUUGAAACGAGUCUAGUACAUAUAAAUAAUUGUGUUUGCCUCAAUUAGUCUGCUUGUAAUGGAUGGAGUGAAUCUGGUAAAGCAACACAACUUUACAGGUCAAAGUAAUUUUGGGAAUUUGUUUUGAUUUGUGUGGGACCGAGGUGCACAGUGGUACAUGUGGAGGUGGAACAAAAAGAAACGUGCAUUGCGGCAACUUACGGUCGUACACUGUUAAAGUGAACGACAGCGUAGGUCUAAAGCUUAACUCUUGUGGGGUACGUUGGCAUCUUAAACAGUACUGCUGAAAAUGUUUGCUUUACUCCAGUUCUACUGUCAUUAGCUGUUAUUUAAAACAAUUUUUUAAACCUAUUAUUUGAAUCAAUAUUGUUAAAUAGUGAAUAUUGAAUCACAUUUUGAAAGGUGCAUAAUUGGCAUGGUUAUUUGGCUUUGGCAGUAUGUUUUAAGAUGUUAGUAUAAAUUAAAAUAUUAUAUUUGAUUAUGUGGCCGUUUACUCCUUUCCAAGGAGCAAAAGGCCACUUUCCAGACACUCGCUCUGAUAUGAAUGUUAAAGGGUGAAGUAUUCAAAAUUACUAAAUUUAACUUCACCUCAAAAAUACCAAGUGCAAACAAAAAUUAUGGGCUUCAUAAAGUGUUGGGUAAAAAAAAGGAAGUUAUAAUAAAAGCAUAUAUCAUACAAACAAAACACCUGAAGCUCGGGUAAUUUAACAUUUAUUGGUUCCCAGAAGGAGAAAGCAUUCCGCAGAACCCUGGGGUACCGUGGCAGGGUCAUAGGGUUUCUGUGAGUCAGUACGAAUGUCAUAUAAAGCAGGCACAAUUAUUGUCAAAUAACUUUCUUUGAAAGAGUGUUGUUCUGCCAAAAAAAAGUUGAUUAGUAUAUGGUUCCCUGGCCGAAAAUGAACCGCUGACCUACACACUUAAAAACUAGAACCAUUAAAAUUCGCAAAACCUUUAAGAGUCCACGAAUGGGCCCGAGUAUUUUAUUGCAUGGGGUGGUCUUAAACGUUGCAAUUACUGUACACACAGUCUGUGAAAACGGUGAAACAACGAUACUUAAAAUGUUAUGUUAAGUUUAUGUCAGGAUGACAUACGUUAACUAAUUUUGUGAUAAUGCAACUUGUCGCUACUCUCAGUCAAAUGCCUUGUUAAAUUAAUUUGGCACAGUUUUAUUUAUAUUAGCCUACUGUAUCGAACCAUUGCACUGAAUGCAUAAGCAAGCGCAGUAUGGAUGACACUACUAACUUGUGCGCAUUGUAGAUCUUUGGGUAGUUGUGUCCUUUGUCAACCACAUUGAAUUUUAAUUAAUUAUUAUUCACAGUAUUUAAUAUGUUCUGAACAUGUGAUUGCGAACAUAACAUGAAUUGGAUACCUUUUUAGUGGUAACACAAAAUGCACCAAUUCUAAAUGACUCUACAAAACUAGUUAAUGGCUAAAGGUGGAAGUAAACUGCUUAAAUAUUUCUGCCGAAAAGUCUAACUUGUGUAACGGGUGUACUUACAUUACAUAAAUACGUCCCCGUCGUUAUUAACACAGGACUAGCGUGUUACUGAAGGCAUCAUUCACUGUGGCCACUGCAGAUAAUGAGAACAAAGUAUUACCUUGUAAAAUCUAUUAUAGACAAUAGCACUCAAGUCUGUUCAUAAAUGCCACAAUGCCUAAACCACCAGGAAUUCUGGCAUUUUUAGUGAGGGGACUCUUUACCUUCAGUAACUUAGCUGAAGUUCCAGUUCCGUCAUGCCUCAGCAGGCCCACAUUCGUUCAGGUAGAGUUCAAUGUAGCAAGCAGCCCCGCCAGCACAUGACCUCUCACUUCCCAGUCUGUGGAGUUACUUCCUUCCACCUCACCGCGCUCAAGCGCUGUCGUCGGCUUCUGACGUCACUGCGAAUCACUCCGCGCCCGCACGGCCACUGCAUGCAAAAGUAGUUUGUUUAAAGAUUAAUACUAAAACUAACAAAACUAAAAGGUAAAACCAAUUAAAAGAGUUGCAAUAAUAAAUUAAUUAUUAAAAAUGAAAUGGUAAAGAACAAACAACUGAAUUGACUAACAGUCAACAAUUGCUCAACGUCACUUGAAUUGCGGCGCCGGCUGGGUGACUGGUUCCGGCGGCUGAGCAGACGUAGCACAAUGGUGCCAUUAAUAGUGCUUUACACGCACUGAUCAGAUAUUUUAAUUAAUUUAUAAUUACUCGUAACAUACUUAUUAAAAAUCAACACAGGAGAGAUAUUUACAUACAUAUUCAAGAUACAGCAAAUAUAUAUUUUUUAUUUUACCCAAAUUAUACAGUAAAUUUGAAAAAGAAUUGCACUACAUUUUUUUAAACUAAAAAUCUGCAUAAAAUGUGCAACUGAUAUCCGGGUAAAUUCGGUAAUACAGAGUCUGCAGCAUGGUAGUGCAGGCUAUCGGCUUGACUCAUUUGGUUUUAAAUAAACUAAGUACCAGUGUUGACUUGUAUUCGGGUUGUAAGCCCAUGCAAACCUUCAAGGACUAGACAAGGGGGGAGUACAAACCCCUCACUGGCCUGCAAGCCACUCUUACGCUUCAUGACCUUGCCUUCUGGGCACUGGGUUAACGAGUUAUGCAUUUGCUUUUCUUUCAACUUUCUAUUGUACAAAGACAUGCCAUUUGAGAAACUAUACAGCAGUUGGUUUCAGUUAGUUAAAUGAAUUACAUUAUUAUUGCAGCUGCAUCAUUUUCUUGGUAAAAAUAUAAAAAAAAAUUAAUAAAGUAAACAAAAUAAAAUGUGAAGAAUGUUUGGUGUUGUCAUUAGCCUAACAUAUACCUACUUUGAAUAACUGUCGAUAAUUCAUUUGUUCUGUGGCUCAUGUAUGCAAAUUCACUUUAAAAACUAAGCAUUUGGGCUGCUUUCACUACUUUAUUUUACUGACUGUAAAGCAUCUUCAGUAUUGGUAAAGAAUCAAUGAAUAGCCAAAGUAAGAUCUGAGUUAGCAGAUCAGCAAAAAAAAAAAAAAUGGUAUAUUGGCACAACUUUUAAUUACUUUUCAUGCCACACAAAAUGAGCAAUGCAUUUGUAAUGAACUAACUUAUUUCUUGUUACGAGUAGUUAUUAUCUCCAUCCAUUGAUCAGUUGAAAUAUUUUAUAUAACAUUAUUUUGAAUUUUAGAGACUGAUAAUCUUUUUUUUUUGUAAUAAAUAAGUUAUGUGUGUAGGUUGAUAUUGUUCGUGCAGUGGUGAUGCUGAAGAACUGUAUCUCGUUAGGCUUCACUUGCUGCAACACAGAUUGUUACUGCAGUUUGUCUUUUUUCAAGUGCUCUUUGGGAUGAUGGUUAGGUUGAAUAUCAACUGUUCUGGAGCUAGUGAUUUUUAUUUUGUUCUUGUGGCGAUAACAUGUAUGAUUGGCCCAUUGCACCACAAGUUGUGGCAGUCAACGAGGAUUCAGUACGACCGGAUCGAGGUUGUACAGAUACAGGCGUCGACGCGCCCAGACACUGGCCGUCGCUAAGUUUCAGCUGAUCUCUAGUUUAUUGAGGUUGCGGGGAUUUACUCUGCGUUGCUUCGAGCAUGCAUCAUCUGGAAGUACAUAUAGCCAUUAUUGAGAUUAUAUAAAUAUUAAAACCCUUACGACAAGGAGAGCUUUUUAAAAGUUUUAGUACGCUGUGUGUACUUUUUUAGGUGGAAAAUUAUGCAGCAAACACUUAUUAAGAAAAUUUUUGGCAUAAUAAGUUUUAAAAUUUUUACAUUUGGCCUUUAUUAAAAUAUCCUUGUUAAUAAGUCUAAAUUUCUAAGUAACUUGAAAAACUUCUUAGCAGGGAUGUACUGUAAUUUAAGGUCAAUAGUCUUGCAAUGUAAAGCUAGAGCUCUAACUUUUAAUUUUUUGGGGGAUUGUGUUAUGCUGAAUAGAGGUGGCAUUCGUUACUUCUUUAUACUCAUUGCUUAUGGUUUGUAAGAAUUGGUUUUUAUACAAUAAACUACACUAAUGUAACAUUGGUGUAAUAAGUGUGAUGUCUAAAUGUUGAAUGUUCCACACGACCAGUUGUUAUAAAAUUUGUGUCAUCACAGGAACACGUGAUUGAUGUCAUCACAGGAACACGUGAUUGAAAGGGCUGUUUGUCGAGUGAGCGCAUGGACGAGACUCGAAGAAACCACUCGCAUACUGUCAACCAGUAGACUGGUACAGUCUUGUACAGUGCUGUUUGCUGAUGUACAUAGGCGUGCCCAGACAUUCCCAUUAGGGGGGGCCCUGCUAAAUUUUUAAAUCAGAAGCUGAAUUUAGAAUGUUAAAUAACCUAUUCUCCGUUCACUCUUAAGGUGGGUCUACACUGUAUAACAAAACAAGUUAUAAAAUGUUAUAUUACAAAGUUAUACAACAUGUUACAAAAUGAAAAUAAUGAAAAUUAUAUUACAAGUUAUACAACAAAGUUAUAUAACUUGUUAUGAAAACGUGAAGAAAAAUGUUAUAUAACACCAUGUUUUAUAACAAAAUAAGUGUUAUAAAACAAGUUAUAUGUUUCCCAUGCAGUGUCGGUAAAGAUCAAAGGAAGUUAAAUAACUUGUUGUAUAACAUGUUGGCCGUUUGUCCACACUGGUAUACACAUUUAAAAACAUGUAACAUGUUAUGAAACAAGUUGUAUUACUUGUUAUAGAACUUAUUAUUUAACUUGUUAUGUAACAUGUUAUGAAACAAGUUGUAUAACUUGUUGUAUAACAUGUUACAAAUAUAACUUGUUUUUGUUAUAUAGUGUAGACCCAUCUUUAGCUGAGUUUUGAAAUAAACACCGUCGUAUCACUGCGCCGCGUCAGCAAGUGAUAGGUUGAAUUCAUCUUGCGCGCCAAGCACUAGUUGCAACACACACACUUAAGUACAGUCGGUGCUAAUAAAAUAACGGAGAAGUAAUGUAACAGGAAGCACCGUAGCAGUUUGUUCAGCGUAGGUGGUUCAUUUCCGAAGAAAAAACUAUGCACUUAACGACUAAAAGCCGUCUUCACAAAAUCAUCACAAGUUUUGAUAACAGGAUACUCACAUUUCUUUUUCUUCCCGGGAGUUGUUAAUGUCCCAGUGUCCUGUAAUUCUUUCCUUGCACGAAGCACACUGCUCUUCGAAACACCCGUAAAUUCCGCAGUUAAACUCGCGAUAUCGUUCACACGACAAUCCGGAUAUUUGUCUGAAAAUGUUUUUAAAACAUUCAACACAAUAGUUUUCUGUGCACUUUUCAAAGGCUUUCCCGUUCUGUGCUUUACAAAAUUCUGUCCGGCGUCAGCCAUAAAAAACUGUGCGCGCGCGAAUCCAAAAUACAACUGUUGCGCCGGGCAUCAACUGUACACCGUACACACAGCGUCUGCUAACAUAAUUGUAAGUAAAUCUUGCCGACAUAUUAAACUGUAUUGGAUAUUGCUAUAUAACAACAAUUGUUAUAAAAAAGGCAGUGUAAAAAUACUUACAAAUGAAGAAAUGAUACGUAACCAAGGGACUAUUUCUUGAGCACGAAUAAUGUGCACGGCGGCCGGCAGCCAAUGAAAAUGUUUGUUUACAAAAGGCUUUGUUUAUUCCAAAACUCAGGUAAGAAUGAACUGAGAAUAAAUACAUUCACUCAUUGCCGUGUUUAUAUUUUUGUGCAGUAUCACCGAGAUAUGUUUAAUAGUUAAUAUUUAUAUCCGUAUAAUUUUAACAAUCUUGAAAAUGUUUUUUUUUCUUCCAUAGACAAUUUUUAAAGGGUACGUACUUACACAUUUUCCCCCCUCGAAUUUUCCAAUAGCUUCGUCCAGAUCUACCUUGAAAUGUACUUCUUUUUAGUGAAUGCAAACACAGCAAUUCAGACAACAGAACUUUAACAAACCUCUAAAAAUAUUUUUUUUUGCUUGGCCAUGACCUCUUUUUUAAAUAAAGUAAGGCGGCUGUAUUUCCAGAAUGAUAAAAUGUUUAAAAAUAUUGUUAAUUAGCACGCUGCAACACUGAAACACAGUUUGAGUGUCACAGUGCCAGGAAUAUACGAAUAUUAACGAACGCAUUAGAGAAAAUGCCGAUCUGAGUGAUUACAUUAGGGGGGGCCAUGGCCCACCUGGCCCCCCCUGUAGGCACGCCUAUGCUGAUGUAGCAUUUUGUGCUGCUGCCUCACAUCUGCACACAGUCCUGCCACUUACUUAAUGCACAGUUUAUUACUGUUUUACUUUUGGUUUGAGCAAACUUAACCAAGCAUCCAUAGCUUGUUAUUCACAUUUGCAUGAAACGAGAUACAAGCUGUGUGUGCAUCACAUCAUCAGUUGUGUGACUGAGAAAAUAUUUGUAAAACUUAUUUUUGUGCUAAUGAAAUUUUACUGUACCACAAAAGUAAAACUGAAAGUUGAUGAAAUAAAUUACAUCCAACUCAAA